UAGCAUAAAAAGAAGACACAAUCAUAAUAUAGAAAAUUUUGCAAUUAUAUUCAACGAUAGAUAGAUUCAGUACUGCACGCACCGAUCUAAUUUACUUCUGCAACCAAAUGGAUUACACUGAUUUAUACCUAUGGCGUAACAAGGCAAACCUGCCCCAGAGAGAUAGCAUGGGCAUGCCUCAGGAAAAGAUGGGGGAUCCCACAUUAUCCUCGACUUCGAAUCUCAAGGGGAUUGCUCUGAGCAUUGAUCAUCUGGUAGGUGGUACACUUUCGGCCCAAGAGUACACAGAAAAGUUGGAGGCUUUGGAUCAGCGCGUGAGUGGCUUUGAUGAAAAAAUCAUGAAUUUGAUUCGUUUGAUGAAGCUCUCCCAGGGACUCACUGAAGAGAAGAACAUGGAGCUGCGUCAAGAGAACCGAGAGCUACGGGAGCGUGUUGAACGGCAGGAGCACGCGAUGAAUCAAAUGUUUCGCGAGCUAGCCGAUCUUAAGACCACGAUGUCGUCUUCCCUAAAAGAGGAAAUUGAAAGAGUCCAAAACGGUACCGAGGUGCAGAUUUCUAUGCAAGUGGAACGUGCACUUGAAAAAGUUGUAUUCAUAUCUCAGGAGUUGGAUACAGUACGAAAUGGAGCUUGUAAUUUAGGAGAGCGUCUUGAGGAGGUCCGCAAUGCACAGAACAAGUCGCUAGAGACGUGGAUAGCAGAGCUUGAGACCACCAAAACUUGGGCGAGACGCAACUUUCAGAGACUAAAGCAACACGUGGAUCAGAUCUGCUCCGAGGUUUCGGUUAUCAAGGGGGAACAUGACGAGCUAUCUUCACGUAUCCAGGAAGUUAGUUGUAAAGCUGAUAUAGAAUGUAAAAAACUCCAACUCAUUCUUCGACAAAAGUCAAGCGAGGCGGAGGCGUUGGAGUCCUUGGUGAACAAGGAGCUUCGAAAUGUUCGAUUGGUGGCCCGGAAGCAUGAAAUCCUUCGUUCAUCAGAUCUCACGCCUGUGCCACGGGAGAACAUAAAAAAGAUGGCUUCAUGUGAAGAACUAAAAUUUCCAAACAAGAUUGAUUUUAGUGUAAAAUCAUAGAACAAAAUUUUAUAACUCUGUUCAUGAAAAUUUGAAAUGCGAGGGCGUCUGGGAAAAAA